CCUAAUAUUGUAGUGUUGCGACUUUGCUAAGUCGGUGAAUCGCUCCUUCUCAGUUUUCAGACAUCAGAAGUGUGUUGUGAAGUAAGACGGCAGGAUACAAAAGCAACAUUUUCAAUUUUAUAAACGCUUUCAUGGAGUUAUACAUCCCUUUAUGUACACCCCGUUAUAUCAUCUGCUGCUCUCGGCCUUUCCAAUUUCAUCAUUUUUUAUUUUUAUUUUUUAGCAGGCGCACACAAUGGUGGCGGCUUUUAUUUUUAGCAGGGAUCUCAGAUGCUCUCCAUAUUAACGAUACGUUUAUGAACAAUCAAAUGGUCCUCGUUAAAAUUUAUUGAUGGACAUAAAAACCUCGAACGGUCACUGGCCGAAUAUAGUUGGCGUUUUUAGUGGGCUGUGAGUCUGUAAGCCUUCGGAAUCUCCUCGGCAGUAUCUGCACAAACCCCAUUUAGGGAAUGUUUGGUCUGCAGGCUCUCGUUAAAAGUCGUGCGAAAUGCAUCCCUUAUUUUGAUUCUCCCCAGUUUCCAUCGUGCACGUCUCCCUGCUGCAGCUGCGGAUGCUGCCGUGAAGGCUUUUCUCUUUAUAUAUCCCUAAAAACAAUAAACAGCAUUCUACGAGAAGUUAUAAACUCCUCACUUUAUCAAAUGCUGGUUUGCCGAGGAUAAAAAGAGCCAACGAUUCAAUAAACGCUUUAAUGCUGUAACAGUAUCUAUUGAAGUAGCAUAGAGCCCUGACAGAGAUUAAUUACACCAUCAAAUAGUUCCUUGCUUUAACACGCAAUGUGCGCAGGUCUGUGCUACGACUGGAUAAAGAUCUAGCUGCAGCACCGCACAUGAAUGGUUUCCUUAUUUUCAAAAAAAGAAAUGUUAUGGUCAAUUUUACCUCUAUGAGUCCUGGAAUGAAGUGAAAGAACACUUUGUUUAAUCCCAUUUAUGUGCAUUGGUAUCCCUGGAUAAGUGGCGCAUUGAUCCACUGUACAAUUUUUGUGGGGGUAAAUAUAAUCACGUGUCAGCGGGUCAGCCAAUGGGAGCCAGGGAAGCUUUGAGAAAUAAUUACCUGCCUUGAUUGUUCUACGGCUAGAUAAAAAAGUACACAUACACCCCAUAUAAUAAACGGAUGCAUGUAAAAGAGUCGGGGAGGCUUCGACAUGUCGACCACGGGUCCCAUAAGUAAUUAUUAUGUGGACUCCUUGAUCAACCAUGAGAACGAGGAUGUCCUUGCUGCGACUCGAUUCUCUGCUCCCGGUUCGCACCCAGCUGGCCCCCGUCCGACGUCCCUAGUCCCGGAGUGCGCCGACUAUCCUUCCUGCAGCUUCGCACCCAAACCGACCGUGUUCUCUACGUCCUGGGCCCCAGGACACUCCCAGUCAUCAGUGGUCUACCAUCCGUACAGUCACCAGCCGCACUUAGGCACAGACUCGCGGUAUAUGCGUUCAUGGCUGGAGCCGAUCUCAGGCGCCGUGCCUUUUCACGGCUACCCGGGGAACGGCAGACAUUAUGGACUGAAGCCCGACGCCUUCCAGGAGCACAGAGCCGGGGAAUGCCUCAGCUCCGCCGGACGGACCUACCCGGAUUAUCUGUACUGCUCAUCCACUGAUAUGCGAGACAAGACGCCGCAGAACGUCCCCUCUCCCGAGUCGGAGCUUCUUGCAUCUGGGAAGCAUAAGGAGGAGAAGCCGGAGCUAGAUCCUAAGGGCCUUAACGUGCAACAAAUCCACAUCCCCACAUAUGAAUUACUUACCAGUCUUCUCAGCUAUGAUAACCCCGUGGCCAAUUGGAUACAUGCCCGCUCCACAAGGAAGAAGCGGUGUCCUUACACAAAGUACCAAACUUUGGAACUGGAAAAGGAGUUCUUGUUCAAUAUGUACCUCACCAGAGACCGCAGAUACGAGGUCGCAAGGGUACUGAAUCUGACCGAGAGGCAGGUCAAAAUCUGGUUUCAGAACCGGCGAAUGAAGAUGAAGAAAAUGAACAAGGACAAGAGCGACAACAAGGAACAAUAAUGACUGCCGAGAGAGAGAGAUAGAGAGAGAGAGAGAGAGAGAAAAUAACUAAUUGAUAAAAAAAGAAAAAU